AAAAUACAUUCUUGUUGUCUAUUAUAACCCUAAUACAUAUUUAGCGAUGUAGGUUUCAUUUUUAGAAGGUAGGUACACUCUAUAAUAGGUACAGGCAAACCACGUUACUCGUAGAUUCUAUAUCCAUGGUUUCGUGUAUUCGCGGAUGUCUAAUUGACACCCAGUUUCAUUAUCCGCAGAUACAAAAGGGUUAAAAACCCAUGUAUCAGCGGUUCCUAGAGGGCAGGAAAUGAUUGUGAAGGUCACUUCUGGCUCUCAUUUUGCCAGGUGGAGCCAUUUUGUGGCUUAUUUCUUAAAAAACAAAACAUUUUCCCCACAAUUUGGGUGGCAUUUUGCAGAUGGGGCAUUCCUGAGCACAUGGGAGAACAGUUCAGUAAACAGUUUUAAUUAUUUUUGUGGGUUUUUUUUUUGCUGGUGUGGGGUUUGGUUUUUUUGUGGGGGUUUUUGCGUGUUUUCCCAUCCUUUGAGUCCAUUCUGGAACCAAACCCCACCUUUCCCCAUAGGCAUAAUCCCUCAUUACUCAUGGUAAUAGGCGGGGAACAGAGCCCCCCAUGAGUAACAAUGUUUGCCUGUACACACUUCUCAUAAAUGCUGUUUCAUUCAGGCAACAAGGCCCUGCAUUUUGUUGUUGCACUGUUUUACAUGCAUGCCUUUAUUACCCUCAGGUACAGGAACUUCAUUAAAAUAUUCUCAAAUGGGGUUUCUUUUACAGCCUGCUGCCAUGAUAAGUGUUUCCCUUCUAUAAUGGAGGAUACACUCGGAAAGAGUUUCUCAGGACUGCAUGAAUAUGUUCUGUUAACUUUUGGUUUCACUUUCUAUUCCCAUCCCCAUCCCAUGCAUUUAUAUCCAGACUCGUCCUUGCUCAGAUCUACUCCAUCCCUGCAAAUCCUCUAUUCAUUCAUUGACCUUCUUUGUCUUUGCACUGGGGAUGGGAAGCAAGGGCUUGACUCUGUGUGUGUGCUGCAUGUACACCACCUGCAGAACAGGACCGAUCAGGACAGAAACCUGAUUGACAUUCUCUGGAGGCAAGAUAUAGAUCUUGGAGCAAGGCGUGAAGUUUUUGAUUUUAGCCAAAGACAAAAAGAGUAUGAGUUCGAGAAGCAAAAGAAACUUGAAAGAGAGAGACAAGAACAGCUCCAGAAAGACCAAGAAAAAGCUUUUCUAGCUCAGCUACAGCUAGAUGAGGAAACAGGUGAAUUUGUUCCUAUUCAGCCUGUUCAAGCCAUUGAUUCAGGAAGCACUGACUUAUCCAGUAGCUAUUCACAGAACGUACAUGUUUCCAAACAAGAUGCAGAUGACUUCUCCUUUGAUGACUGUAUGCAGCUUUUGGCAGAAACAUUCUUGUUUGUAGAUGACAAUGAGGCUUCCUCGACUGAAUUUCAGCAAGUGGCAUCUUCCGAGAUAGAUAGCAACCAAGCCUUUGUUGAUUCUAAUCAGAUACAGCGACUUGAUCCAUCUAUCUUGCAGCCUGCCAUCAUUCCAGAGUCAAUAGCUGCUGAUGGUGAGAGCACACAAGACAUAGAACAAGUGUGGGAAGAACUACUGUCUAUUCCAGAGCUACAGUGUCUCAACAUUCAAAAUGACGACCUGGCUGAAGUAACCAUAAACACGUGCUCAGAAAACUCACCACUACAGGCUGACAUUAACUUUACCUUCUAUGAUUCGUUACCUGCUAUGGAGAAAGAAGUUGCUAACUGCAGUCCAGAAUUCUUGAACCCUCUGGGGGCUUCCUAUUCCAGCAUUCUGUUGCCAGAAGAUCAUAAUCAAAAUAGCUCAUCGUCCACUGAUUUCUGUGAGGAUUUCUGCUCCUCCUUUAUUGAUGUAAAGACAAACAGCAACAUGUCUCCACCACCCCCAAGUUUGAUGGAUCCGGCUCUUGCUGGCUUUUUAAAUGAACCAAUCGAUCUCUCAGAUUUUGCUCAGUGCAAAGCUUUUAGCCAUGACCUUGCAGGAAAUGCCCUGGAAUGUAAUGACUCUGACUCUGGUAUUUCACUGAACACAAGUCCAAGUACAGCCUCUCCAGCACAUUCUAUUGAGUCAUCUUCUGUCUACAGAGAUGCAGGCUUUGGUCACAGUGAUUCUGAAAUGGAAGAAAUGGAUAGUGCCCCUGAUAGUGUGCAACAAAGCAAUGCUAAAAUGCAUUUGUUUCAGUUACAUGCUCUGGCCUCUCCUUCUCUUGGACAAAGUACCCAAGAGACCGAUUCACAACUUACAGGUACUCCCAAAAAAGAGUUGCCUGCAAGCCCUGUUCAUGUCAAAGCUCCAUUUAUGAAAGACAAAUCCUACAGCCAGCUUGAUGCUCAUUUCAGCAGAGAUGAGCUUAGAGCAAAAGCUCUGCAUAUCCCUUUCCCUGUCGAAGAAAUCAUCAACCUCCCUGUGGAUGACUUCAAUGAAAUGAUGUCUAAGGAGCAGUUCAAUGAGGCCCAGCUCUCUCUUAUUCGUGACAUACGCAGACGGGGCAAGAACAAAGUGGCUGCUCAGAACUGCCGGAAAAGGAAACUGGAAAAUAUAGUGGAGUUGGAGCAUGACUUGGGUUACCUUAAGGACGAGAGAGAGAAGCUCCUUAAAGAGAAAGGUGAAAAUAACAAAAGCCUGCAUCUGCUGAAAAAGCAGCUGAGCACCCUCUACCUUGAGGUCUUCAACAUGCUCCGGGAUGAAAACGGCAAACCUUAUUCACCUAAUGAUUACUCACUGCAGCAAACCAGAGAUGGCAGCAUCUUCCUCAUUCCCAAGAGCAAGAAGCCAGAGACUAAAUUUUGAAGCUCAGGGAAGCUGGUGUUCUCAGAGCUCAUAUUUUUCAUUAGUAGGUCUUUCUGUAAUGCAAGAUGCAUAAUUUGUCCUAUUUUCAAGUAAAUUUACAGAGCCCUCCCUCUUUCUCAAGUAUAUAUGAAGGUACUUAAAAUCAUUAGUGUGAAAGAAGUGUAAUACUAGUUUCUCUUUUUAUAUAGCAACUUGACAACUUUCUGUUCUAGUGUAUAUAUUCCAAGAUCUCUUAUUUAUAUACAGUUCUUAUAGUUUGUUAUACUCAAGUGUACCAAGCGUGAUUUAAGACUGGUAAUCCUACUUACUUUCAAGACCAAUCUUAUGUCUUCAUAGAUUUUAUAAAUGGAAAGUUUGCAGUUUCUUAAAUUUUUACUUGCUUUGCUUUAUUAUAAAAGCUUGACUGUAGUGUAAACACACAAAGUAACAUUAGGCACAAUCCAGCCAAAAUUAAGCACUUUGAAGGCCCGUUAUUUUUAACAAAAGAACUAAAACACAGAGUAGCAUCCAGUGAUGCUUAUGGAAGGACCUUUUGGUGCUCCUCAAUGUUGUGCUGCUGCUAGCAGAAGAGGAACCACCACCCCAAUGCCUAUUGCUCAAGGAAUUCCCUAUUCAUACAUAAUGGGCUUGUACAAAAGGUUUCACAAUUGUAAUACUGCAAUAGCAUAAGGACUAGGUUGGCACAUAAGUGAUUUUCUUUGAAAUGGCAUAAGCUUUUGUCCUUAGAAUAGUGCAGCACCAUUUAGCAAGGCUAGUCUGAUUGCUACACAUGCUCUCUCCCACUGAAACCAAUGGAGCUUCGAGGUGCUUAACUUUGCUGGGAUUGCAUCCUUAAUUUUUAAUGUCUUGCAUACAAGUGUAUGCAUUAAGUGAUACUAAUCUUUAGAUUUUGUACUUUUAAAAUAAAAUGCAUAUAUUCUGUCUA